UUCGACAACACCAAAUUUCGUGAUAUUUCUCUUAAGGCAUGCGAACUCUCGUUUAUCUUUUUUUCCUUCAAAUCUGAUGAUAUUUUUAUUCCCCAAAUUUCACGAUAUCCCCCCUUAAUCCUAUCUCAGAAAACCCCCCAAAUCACAAAUACCUUCGAAUCCUUUGAUCUUUCUAUUAGUCCCCAGCUUCCUUAAUCCCCUCAAAUACUUCGAUCACACUGUUUUUAUCCCAAAAGCUCCAAAUAUAUUAAUAACAAUAUAUAAAUAUGAGAUUAGUUAAUUUCAUGUUUCUCCUACUAUAUGUAAUUUUUCAAUUAAUCUCAUUUUCCUCAAAUCCACUCAAAUCUCUUGAUCAUUUGCUAAAUCCCCAUCGUUUUCAAAUACGUAUGCUUAUGUCAAUCAUCAAAUUCUCUGAUAUCCCUCUUGCUCUAAAUCAAUUGAUUUCUGUUUUUCGCCGAAUCCCUUCAAAAAUCUUGAUCGCACACCUUUCGUCCGCCCUCAAAUCCGCUCAAAUUCCUUUAUCCAUCUCAUUCUCUGAUAAUACUCUUUCCAUUCAAAUAGUUUUUUUUGAAAAACAUCAAAUUCACUGA